GCAGUCUGUGUUUAGGUUUAGCCAACCUGAGGAGCUCCUCGCUGCGCUAGCUUCUCAUCGCUCUCUGUUGUUGUCAUUCUUCGAGGGAAAACAACACAUCUUUUCCUCAACAGCAGUACAAAGGAGAUAACAUUAAACGGUAUUGCGACGGAAAUCUGCGUUUUAGGAAGCCUGUGGUUUCAGUAAAAACCGAUAUUGUCCAUAAAGAAUAGCUGAAGUGUUCGCCGAAAAUACAUCCCCCCAGCAGCAAGGUAAGAAUAGCCAUCCGGUUCCCACAUCACACCGCAUCCACUGCGGCAACCGAGCUCUCGGGCUAACGCAAACCUCUUUUCACUUUUUUGUUUUUACUUUGUGACUGUUUGGGGGAAAACAUCCGGUUAAAAUGCAGCAGCUUCUUGUGGAACGAGCCAGUGUUAGUUUUAAGGACUGUUAACGCAUUAAAAUGGCUGCUGAGAUGGUAUUUGGGGGAGAAUGGCCAUAAAUCAGCACAGUAAAAUAAGUAACGAAUCCUCUAAAUUAUCCCGGGCUAACAAACUUUUUUCUUUUUUUGGCCUAUGAGAUUAUUUUAUGCAUUUUUGUUUGUAUUGCUUCUUUCAACAAAUCUGGUGAACGGAAUUCCUCCCGAUUCAGAUGUAUACAAGCAGCUUUAACUCCUAUUUUAGAUAUUUUCUUACCCAGUCCUCUUGUAUGCCCACCGCUCCAAACAAAUAUGCAGGGCGACUGUGUCAUAGUUGAAGCGUCCUGAGAAGUCGAGGCUUUCUCCCAGAGAAGGCCCCGCUUGGUCGACCUGGAGGGGAGUAAAGCAGAAGAAUCAUGGAGCCUGGAGGAAAAAGGAACACUUUUCUAUUCGGUCCCAAGCUAUAUUUAAGGGGCGAUCAGAGGGGGAUCAACAGAUAUCUGGUGGUGUAUGUUUUGUUUUCCUUCGUGCUCUUAACGCACGCGUCCCCAGCGAGAUCCUGUGACAAGAGCUGCAACUCUGGGAAAUGCAUCAACGGCUCCUGCGUCUGCGAGCGAGGAUGGGUCGGAGAUCAGUGUCAGCACUGCCAGGGGAGGUUCAAAUUGACCGAACCCUCAGGAUACCUCACCGAUGGACCCUUCAACUACAAGUUCAAAACCAAGUGCACCUGGCUAAUUGAGGCCUAUCCUAACGCUGUUCUGCGGUUAAGGUUCAACCACUUUGCAACAGAAUGCAGCUGGGACCACAUGUAUGUCUAUGACGGAGACUCUGUCUAUGCUUCUCUGGUUGCUGUUUUCAGCGGCCUGAUAGUACCAGAGAUCCGUGGUAAUGAGACGGUUCCUGAGGUUGAGACGACUUCAGGCUAUGCACUGCUACACUUUUUCAGCGACGCUGCCUAUAAUCUGACAGGAUUCAACAUAUUCUACUCGAUAAACUCUUGUCCCAAUAACUGUUCCGGCCAUGGAAAGUGCACCCCGGGGAACUCGGCUGCCAGCAGGGUGUACUGUGAAUGUGACAAAUACUGGAAGGGUGAGGCCUGUGACAUCCCCUACUGCAGGAACAACUGUGGAAGCCCCGACCACGGCUACUGUGACCUCACCGGAGAGAAGCUGUGUGUCUGCAAUGACAGCUGGCAAGGCCCAGAUUGCUCGCUGACUGUACCAUCGACCGAGUCCUUCUGGAUUCUGCCCAGCGUCAAGCCCUUUGGUACCUCCUUUGCCAGGGCUUCACAUAAAGCAGUGGUACAGGAGAAGGUCAUGUGGGUGGUGGGUGGAUACACGUUUAACUACACCUCAUUCCAGAUGAUUCUGAACUACAACCUUGAGAGUGGCGUUUGGAACACAGUACCCAUCAGUGGGGGGCCCGUGCCAAGAUACGGACACUCGCUUGCAGCCUACCAGGAUGAAAUCUACAUGUUUGGUGGGAAGCUUGAACCCAGCGGGGGCAACGUUACAGAUGAGCUGUGGGUGUUCAACGUACAGAGUCGGACGUGGCAACGCAGAAGCCCCGUUGUGGGCUCGUCGGCCCAAGCUCAGGUUUACGCUGUGGAGGGCCACACGGCCCACUGCGUCCAGCUGAACAGCGGCGAGACCAUCAUGCUGGUCAUCUUUGGUUACUCCCCCAUCUACAGCUACAUCAACAACGUUCAGGAGUACAAUCCGAGAUCCAAAGUGUGGUUGGUACCUGAGACUAAAGGGGCCAUUCCACAGGGAGGUUAUGGCCACAGCAGCACUUAUGACGGCUCCAGCAGCAGCAUCUAUGUCCAUGGAGGCUUUAAAGCUCUGCCAGCCGGCAAAUAUGGCCUUGUGGAUGACCUCUACCGCUACGACGUGAACACAAGGACAUGGUUCAUUCUAAGAGAAAGCGGCUUUCCACGGUACCUGCACUCCGCGGUGCUUCUCAGCGGCACUCUGCUUGUCUUUGGUGGAAACACGCAUAAUGACACGUCACUCAGCAACGGUGCCAAAUGCUUCUCUGCUGACUUCCUGGCAUAUGAUAUCGCUUGUGACGAGUGGACACUCCUGCCAAAACCAGACCUGCACAGGGACGUCAACCGCUUUGGCCACUCGGCUGUUGUUAGCAAUGGGUCUAUGUAUGUGUUCGGGGGCUUUUCCAGCGUCUUGCUGAAUGAUGUGCUCGUAUACCGACCUCCCAGCUGCCAGGCCUUCUUGGCAGAGGAGUGGUGUGUAAGGGCAGGGCCUGGGGUCCGCUGCAUCUGGAGCAGGGGCCGCUGUGUCCCCUGGGAACUAGGCGUGCUUAAUGGCAGCUCUAUUUCCGUACCUUACUGCUCCUCUAAAACAGUGGCAGCGGACGAGUGGUGCUAUAGGUUCUCAGACUGUGGCAGCUGCACAGCAAACACCAAAGGCUGCCAGUGGUGUGAUGACAAGAAAUGUAUCUCUGCCUCCAGCAACUGCACCUCUGGUGUGAAGAACUUCACCGAGUGCCCGGUGCGCACCGAGCAGGUGUGCAGCAAGCUCGCCAACUGCAAGAGCUGCUCCCUGAAUCUCAACUGUCAGUGGGAGCAGAAUCACUCACAGUGCCACUCGCUGCCUGCCCAGCAGUGCAGUGAGGGUUGGAGCCAGGUGGGCGACGCCUGUCUAAGGAUCAACUCCAGCCGGGAGAGCUAUGAUAAUGCCCAGCACUACUGCAAGAACCUCAAUGGGAACAUCGCUUCGCUCACCACCUCAAAGCAAGUGGAUUUUGUGCUUGAGGAGCUAAAAAAGCUUCAGCAGCAAGAACAGCGACUGUCUCCCUGGGUGGGCCUGAGGAAAAUCAAUGUGUCAUACUGGGGUUGGGAGGACAUGUCUCCCUUCACCAAUAGCAGCUUGCGCUGGCUGCCUGGAGAGCCCAGUGACUCUGGUUUUUGUGCCUACUUGGAGGAGCCUCAGGUCUCAGGACUUCGGGCCAAUCCUUGCACUGCAACUGCUCAUGGCCUCAUUUGUGAAAAAGCUACUGGGAACCCCAAUCAUAGCAACCGUACGUCAUGCAAGAAGCCUUGCUCUCUGCACACAAACUGUGCCAACUGCACCAGCCAGGGCACGGAGUGCAUGUGGUGUGGCAGCACACAGCGCUGUGUGGACUCAAAUGCAUAUGUCAUCUCAUUCCCCUAUGGCCAGUGUUUGGAGUGGCAGACUUCAGACUGUGUGGCUCAAAACUGUUCAGGACUGCGGACGUGCUCCCAGUGCUUGGAUCAGCCCGAGUGCGGCUGGUGUGGCGACCCCAGCAGCACAGGGAAGGGGCUGUGUAUGGAAGGGUCCUACAGGGGGCCCAUGAAAAGAGCUGCAAAGCAGGGCCAGCAGGGCCAUUCCCAUGACAUGAGCCUUGAGCCUGGCAGUUGCCCCAAAGACAAAGGAUUUGAAUGGGCCUUCAUUAGCUGCCCUGCAUGCCAGUGUAACGGCCACAGCACGUGUGUGAACGGCAGUGUGUGCGAGCAGUGUCGCAACCUCACCACUGGUCCUAACUGUGAGACCUGCAUGCCGGGUUACCACGGAGACCCGACCAAUGGAGGCAAAUGUCAAGCUUGUAAGUGCAACGGUCAUGCAAAUGUAUGCCAGGUGUUGACGGGGAAAUGCUUUUGCACCACCAAGGGAAUCAAAGGAGACCAGUGCCAGCUAUGUGACUCAGAAAACCGUUACCUUGGUAAUCCACUCAGAGGAACCUGUUACUAUAACCUCCUGAUUGACUAUCAGUUCACAUUCAGUCUCAUCCAGGAAGAUGAUAAUCAUUACACCGCCAUUAACUUCAUGGCCUCGCCUGAACAGGCAAACAAGAACUUGGACCUGUCCAUCAACGCAUCUAACAACUUUAACCUCAACAUCACGUGGUCCGUGGGUUCAACAGCUGGGACCAUCUCUGGAGAGGAAGUGCCCAUUGUGUCCAAAACAAACAUCAAGGACUACAGGGACAGUUUCUCCUGUGAGAAGUUCACCUUCAGAAGCAACCCGAACAUUACAUUCUACGUGUAUGUCAGUAACUUCUCAUGGCCCAUCAAAAUCCAGAUUGCCUUCUCCCAACACAACAGUAUUAUGGACCUCGUCCAAUUCUUUGUGACCUUUUUCAGUUGCUUUCUGUCGUUACUUCUGGUGGCGGCUGUUGUGUGGAAGAUCAAACAGACCUGCUGGGCAUCGCGGCGUAGAGAGCAGUUAAUGAGAGAGCGUCAGCAGAUGGCCAGUCGUCCGUUUGCAUCCGUGGCUGUUUCACUGGAUGCCAGAAGAGAGCUGACUGAAGUCCUGCAGCCCGUGCUUGAUGGGCCACCUAAACCAGUUGCAAUGGAGCCAUGUUUUGGAGGGAAAGCGGCUGUGUUGACGGUCCUCAUGCGUCUCCCGUCUGGACUUUCUUACUUGCCUCCACCUGGACAGUCAGGACUGAUUGUUGCCAGUGCAUUGGUCGACAUCUCACAGCAGAAACCAUCAGAUUUUAAGGACAAGUCCCAAACCUUAAAGAACAGAAAAGCCCUUCCACCAGCUCACCAAGGGACCUGCGUCUGACUCCACCCGACGGUUACCUUUACGACCACAGGUCACAUCAUCUCAGCACGCCUCUGGUUUCGCAGCCGGAAUCCUUUCCACAGACUUGAAAUCGCUAAAGUGACUUACAGGAGUUUUCCUUUGGCUGCUAACGUUCACCACUACAGUUCACCAUGUUGCAGGAUCACAGCCCCCUGGUUUUUCUGCUUUUCUUCAAUCAUGCUUCUGCAGCAACAGAUACCGGCUUGAUUUUCAGUUUCUUAACUUUCGCUCGGACGAUAGUGUCUACAUAUUUGUGUCAGAAUAUGACAAAUACAGACUUAUAAAAGCGUGACUGAUGCAGGUUUUCUGAUGCCAUCUAUUUGCAAAGAAUGAGGGAAAUAUGAACAUCCAUUUGGUAACGUCUCAAGCUGACAAAAUGUCCCCAUUUAAUCAAAAACGUG